AUGAAAAAGCAUUAUAGUGAAAAUUUAUAGGACUAUUGUGUUUUCUAUAAGGAUAAAGAACUUCCUGCUUUACAUAAGACAGAUAAAUUUAUGAAGGCUAUGAUUUUGGAUUCAAUCAAGGAUUAAGAACAUCCUCUUAAUCAAUUAAUUGAAAAAAAAUAAAUUUUUGUGCCAUUUAUUAAUGAAAGAGAUAGUAUGGGAAGAUUGAUUUCAAGUGAAUCGUAUCAUAGAAAAAGAAAAAGUGAUGCUUCAAGUCUGUUUAAUUCUCCUAAGAAUAGUAAUGUUUUCUUAAGUAAAAACUCCAUUUCGAAUACUUGUAGUAUUUAUGAAAAUUAACUACCUGCUGCAAAAUUAAAACUUAAAAAUCUUUUAGGAAGUACUCCUGAAAAUACUGAAUUAUUUUAAUCCACUUUAUUAGGAAGUCAAUGCGAAUUUAAAUAAUCAUUCUAGUUUAAUUCAAAACGUAAUCAGCUUAAUUUUAGAACACAUAAAAAAAAUAAUAGUUUAUAAAAUAAGUUACCACAAUUUAUUAAUUACUAAAAAAAUAAAGAAUUUAAAUUAUUCAAAUAACCAAAUACACCAUAAGCCACUAGAUUUUAUCAAAGUAACUUUAUCAUUGAAAUGUUUAAUCAAAAUAAGUAUUUCAAAUUUUUAUUUAAAUUAGAAUUGCUGAAAAUAAAAUAUAAUAUAUAUUGCUGAUUGAACGUAUAUAAAAGUUAUAAUCUGAAUUGUUACAAAAUUUAUCAGCAAAUGAGAGAAGAAGAACAUUUGUUAAAUUGGAUGGAAAUAAAAGAAUCAAAUUAAGUUUAUUAUUACUUCUAUCCAGACCACACAUUCAAUAUCAGAUGUUAUAAUGA